AUGCUGGGGCUCCUGGUGGCGUUGCUGGCCCUGGCGCUCGCCUUCUUCGCGCUGCUGGACGGCUGGUACCUGGUGCGCGUGCCGUGCGCCGUGCUGCGCGCGCGCCUGCUGCAGCCGCGCGUCCGCGACCUGCUGGCCGAGCAGAGCUUCCCGGGCCGCGUGCUGCCCUCGGACUUGGACCUGCUGCUGCACAUGAACAACGCGCGCUACCUGCGUGAGGCCGACGUGGCGCGCGCCGCGCACCUGACCCGCUGCGGGGUGCUCGGGGCGCUGCGCGAGUUGGGGGCGCGCGCCGUGCUGGCCGCCUCGUGCGCGCGCUACCGCCGCUCGCUGCGCCUGUUGGAGCCCUUCGAGGUGCGCACCCGCCUGCUGGGCUGGGACGACCGCGCCUUCUACCUGGAGGCGCGCUUCGUUAGCCUGCGCGACGGCUUCGUGUGCGCGCUGCUGCGCUCCCGGCAGCACGUGCUGGGCACCUCGCCCGACCGCGUGGUGCAGCACCUGUGCAAGCGCAGGGUGGAGCCCCCCGAGCUGCCGGAAGACCUACGGCACUGGAUCACCUACAACGAGGCCAGCAGCCAGCUGCUCCGUGCUGAGAGUGGGCUCAGUGAUGUCGUCAAAGACCAGUGACCACUGCCUCCACGUCCUGCCCACUCUGCCCACUGUCCUCGGCCUGGGGGCGGUGCUCACCAGCAGAAUGUGCAGCUGGAGUGGCCUCCUGACCAGCCCAGCCCCCCUCAGCUGCUUGGCCCCACAACUGUUGAUACUCUCUCUGCUAGGCACGGGG